AUGUCGUCCGACUCGUCUCCAGAGCAGCCGGCACAGCUCGAGCAUGACUCCACUCUCCGAGUCGAUAAGUCGGUCUCUUUAACCAUUGGCAGUGACUCACUCCUGAUUGUCGGAAAUUCCAAAUCGCCAAGUGCGAUCUCUCUAUAUAAUAUUCUAGAUGUUCAAGCGGAACCUUCCAACCUCACCAUCACCUACGCGGAGUCGUCAUCCAAGGCAGAUGUCGCCGUCGCAACUAUCCACUACUCUGUCAGCGAUAAAGAGCACCCCACAGUGGAGGCUUGGGCGGCCAAGCUGCUCGACCUUGCCUACGUAAAUGCGCAGCGUACAAGGCGACUGAAGAUCCUAAUCAAUCCCUUCGGUGGUCAAGGAAAAGCCGUGGCACUGUACCAGAAAGAGGCGGCCCCGAUUUUCGCUGCCGCUGGAUGCAAGCUUGACGUCCAGACUACGGAACGUCAAGGGCACGCCAUUGAAAUCGCGGAACAGAUUGAUGUCAAUGCCUACGAUGCGAUCGUCUGUUGCUCGGGUGACGGUCUGCCCUACGAAGUGUUCAACGGAUUGGGCAAGCGACCCAACGCCCGUGAGGCAUUGGCCAAGCUACCCGUUGCACUGCUACCCUGUGGGUCUGGAAACGCAAUGACCUGGAGCUGCUUCGGCACAGGGAGUGUCUCGGUCGCUGCAUUGGCCGUCGUGAAGGGCCGACGCACUCCGUUGGACCUGAUGUCCAUCUCGCAGAAGGGCAGCCGCACGCUUUCGUUCCUUUCGACAUCGUUCGGAAUUGUGGCGGAGUCUGACCUAGGCACUGAUAACAUUCGGUGGAUGGGCGCUCAGCGAUUUACCUACGGAUACCUGGCUCGCGUCAUGGCCAAUCGGGUCUGGCCUUGUGAUCUUGCCAUCAAGGUCGAUAUCGAUGAUAAGGAGGCGAUUAAGAAGCACUAUUCGGAGUAUACCAGUCGCGAACAGGAUCCAUUGGCCGAUGUUCAGCGAAUUGAGGCUGCAGAGAAGUCGCCUGCAUUGCCCGAGUUGCAGUACGGUGAUGUCUCGGAUGACGUUCCCGCAGACUGGGAGGUUGUCCCCGGCGACAAGAUGGGCAAUUUCUAUGCCGGAAACAUGGCGAUUGUGACCAAAGACGCCAAUUUCUUCCCUGCGUCGCUGCCGAACGAUGGUUUUAUGGAUAUCCUCACGGUUGAUGGUACGAUCAGUCGCGUGACCUCGCUUGGGAUGAUUUCCGAGGUCUCCACCGGUAGCUUCUUCCAUCGGCCUGAAGUGAAGAUUCGCAAAGCAACCGCUUUCCGCUUGGUGCCCCAUCAGAAAGAGGGUUAUAUCAGCAUCGACGGCGAGUCGAUCCCAUUCGAAGCCCUCCAGGUUGAGAUUCACCCCGGCUUGGGCACUAUUUUGUCCAAGUCUGGCAACCGCUAUGAGGCUGAUGGGCCUAGUAUAUGA